UGAUAAAGGAUCUUUGCGCGGGCGCGGUGACGGUGCUCGAGCUCACUUCAGCGGCGCGUGUUUGUAUGUUUUGUCUAGUUUUGUGUAGUUUCUGUCACGGCGGUUGUUGGUCAUCAGCACAGAAGCGGCUUAAAUGUAGAUCAGCGAAACAUGGCGGAUUUGUCUCUGCUGCAGGACUCACAAGAGGACACGGACGGAUUUGGUGUGGAUGGAUACGGCUCCGACUCUGACAGCAUCAUUAUACCUUCAGCGCUGGACUUUGUGUCUCAGGAUGAAAUGUUGACUCCUCUGGGGCGACUUGAUAAAUACAUCAGUAGCGAGAACGUCUUUAACAGGCAGAUGGUGGCGCGCAGUCUUCUGGACACACUGCGAGCGGUCCGUGAGGACGAGAGAGAGUGUGUGUCCGUGCUGGAGAGGAUAGACCGACUCGCAGAUGACUUGGAACCGACUGUUCGAGCGGAGAUUAUGGAACAAAUCCCACACAUCGCAAUAUUCUGUCAGGAGAACAGACCCUCCAUUCCUUUCGCUUUCUCAAAGUACCUCUUACCCAUCGUCGUGAGAUACCUCGCCGACCAGAACAACCUGGUUCGUAAGACGAGUCAAGCAGCGCUGCUGGUUCUUCUGGAGCAGGAACUCAUCGACAGAGGAGACGUGGAGAGUCUGGUGUGUCCCAUGUUAGUGGACCUCACCGCUCCCGACAGCAAUGAUGACAUCAAAACCGAAGCCAUGGCGAUUAUUUGUAAGAUGGCACCGAUGGUGGGCAAGGACAUCACAGAGCGACUCUUUCUGCCGCGAUUCUGCGAGAUGUGCUGCGACUGCAGGAUGUUUCAUGUGCGCAAGGUGUGUGCGGCAAUCUUUGGUGAUAUCUGCAACGUUGUUGGAGGAGAAGCCACAGAGGAGCUUCUGCUGCCGCGGUUUUUCCAGCUUUGUUCGGAUAAUGUGUGGGGCGUUCGGAAGGCCUGUGCCGAGUGUUUUAUGACCGUAUCCUCUGCGACGUCUCCUGAAGUGCGGCGGACGAAACUGGCGUCUCUGUUUAUCAGUCUGAUCAGCGACCCCUCUCGCUGGGUGCGUCAGGCGGCGUUUCAGUCUUUGGGUCAGUUCAUCUCAACAUUCGCCAGCCCGAGCAGUAACGUGGGUCAGUACUUCAGAGACGAGGGCGACUGGAGCAGGACACACAUGCACAGCGCAAACGCAGAUGCUGCGUCCAGCUCGUCCUCUCGCAGCAGCUCGCAGGAGACGCCAGCGGUCUGUCCGCAGCAGGACUGUGUUUCCCAAAAUCCCUCAGUUUGUGAGGAACAGGACGGAGCUCUUGUGGGUGAGGAGGGUGGAGGUGAGGAGAUCGCAGACGUUCUGACGGGUGAUGAGUCCUGCUGCUCCGCUACUUCUGAUUGUCCCGAUUCUAAGUGCCUUCCUGAACCAGAACCUGUGGAGGAGCAGAACCCACCAACCACAGCGCAAGAAGAGCCCACUGCAGGCGAGACACUAACCUCCCCUCAGAGCCUCCAGGAGAACAUCUCUGAAGCUUCAGGUCCAUCAGCAGGAGAGCAGCAGAUCUCCGACCAGGAGAUGUUCAACUCUUUCCACUACUGGAGGACGCCCAUCGCUGAGAUCGACCUGGAGCUGCUGGAGGAGGAGAAGCAGCCGCCACGUCUGAUUGCGGCUCCGGCACUCGGCAGGAAACAGCUGGAGGAACUCAUCGAGAAUCUGGAGCCACAUAUUGAUGACCCUGAUGUCAAAGCACAAGUGGACGUCCUGACGGCCGCUCUGAAAGCUUCAGUUCUGGACUCUGGGAAUGAAAACACAUUCAUGGAGCCUCUAUCGGCCCAAUCCAACCCCUUCUGCUCCCAGAACACACAUGAACCCCUCACAGAUGACACGCAGAGGCGUGACUCCGCCCUGCAGGUGACCCGUGAUGAUGAUGACUCGGAUGUGAGUGACGGCAGCGUGAACCCUGAAGACGACGAGCACAAAUCCAAACAUCAGGACGUGGUUCCUCAAGCAUUACUGGAUCAGUACCUGUCCAUGACGGACCCGUCUCGCGCUCAGACCGUCGACAUGGAGAUCGCCAAACACUGCGCCUACAGUCUGCCCGGCGUCGCGCUCACGUUAGGACGGCAGAACUGGCACUGCCUGCGAGACACGUACGAGACGCUUGCCUCCGACAUGCAGUGGAAGGUGAGGAGGACGUUGGCGUUCUCCAUCCACGAGCUGGCUCUGAUUCUGGGUGAUCAGCUGACCGCGGCUGACCUGGUGCCCAUCUUCAACAGCUUCCUGAAGGAUCUGGAUGAGGUUCGGAUCGGAGUUCUCAAGCAUCUCUACGACUUCCUCAAGCUGUUGCAUCAGGACACACGGCGUAAAUAUCUGUACCAGCUGCAGGAGUUUCUGGUGACGGACAACAGCCGCAACUGGAGGUUCCGCUUGGAGCUGGCAGAGCAGCUGGUGUUGUUGCUGGAGUUGUACAGCGCUCAAGAUGUCCACGAUUAUCUGCGUCCGCUGGCCUUCUGUCUGUGCACGGACCGCGUGUCAUCUGUUCGAUGGACGUCCUACAGACUGGUCAGUGAGAUCAUCAGGAAGUUGUCGUCGUGUUCGUCUCUGAUGGCCGGUUUUCUCAGCGAGCUGGUGGAGAAGUUCUGUCACUCUCGGAAGUGGUCCGGACGCCAAGCGUUUGCCUUCGUCUGUCAGCUGUCUAUAGAGGAGGAGUGUCUGUCUCUGGAUCAGUUCUCGGAGCAUCUGCUUCCUCCUCUCCUGCAGCUGGUGUCUGAUCCGGUGCCCAAUGUGCGGGUGCUGCUGGCGAAGACCCUGAGACAGACGCUUCUGGAGAGAGAAUAUUUCCUGAACUCGGCGUACUGCCAGCAGGAGGCGCUGGAGCACACGCUGGUCGCCCUGCAGACGGACAUCGACAAAGACGUGAAAUACUUCGCCAGCGUUCAUCCAGGAAGUUCACGACUCAACGAAGACGCCAUGAGCACCACCUCAUCUACAUACUGAACACGCACAAGGACUCCGAUUGGCCAGAGAAACAAACGCUUCUAACAGCUUUCCCAGAAUGCACCUCACUACAACUGGGGGGGGUCAUUCUCAUUUAUUUUGCCACAGAAGCCUUAAACAUGUCUUCCUUUACAGCAGGAAAUACUUGAACCGCUGGAGAAAUCAAACUAUAAACUGUUCUCAUGUUCAGGUCGACGGGUCCGUUCUCUGUCUGUCUCUCAUGACGUUAGACCUGUCUGUCUGAAGCGAAUGUAGUUCAUGUUUGUUUUUAAUGUUCGGUGCAGCACAUUGUUGUACUGACGGACUCACGGCUGCAUAUAGAAACACAUGUCAUGUUUUUACCCAGCAUCACGAGCGGCCCAUCUCAAUAUGAACUCGCGUCACUUGAAGCCUUUGAGUAUUUUAAUGCAAAAAUGAUCAUCUGCUCUUUAGAUGUUCUGUAUAUAUUAUUCUUUUGUUUUUCAUCAUGAAUAGCAUUGAUGUUAUUCUCUUAACCUGUCCAGAAUAAAAUUUCA